CAAUUUCCAAAACCUUGAUAAUCACACCUUCAGGCCAAAUAUUGUAAUUAACAUUAACAUCUGAAGAACAUAAUCCGUAAAAUAGCAAAAGGAAGAAGAGAAGAGAUUUGGAGUGCAGUAGACUAGCGGUAAAAGAGGCUGAAGCAAGAAGCAUAAACCCUAAACCCUAAAAGCGAGCGUGAAUCGAAAGAAAGGAUGAUGGUGCAUUCGAUAGUGAUACAGAAGCUGCUGAGCACGAAUGCACAAAUGGGGUGGAGAGUGGCGACGCAUCACCUGAAGGAGUACACGUAUGGCAUGAGGAACAAGAUGGCAAUCAUAGAUUCGGACAAAACCCUGAUAUGCAUGAGGAGCGCCCUGAACUUCAUGGGGUCCCUUGCAAGCCGCAACGGUCGGUUCAUGUUCAUCAACACCAACCCUUUCUUCGACGACAUCUUCCACCUUAUGACCACCCGCGUCGGCUCCUACUCCCCCUCCACCAACUCCCUCUGGCGCACCGGCGGCUUCCUCACCAACAGCUAAAGCCCCAAGAAGUUCCGCUCUCGCAACAAGAAGCUCGUCUUCGGCCCUACCCAGCCCCCCGACUGCAUCUUCAUCCUCGACACCGACUCCAAGUCCUCCGUCACCAACGAGGCUCACAAUCUUCACAUCCCCGUCGUCGCCAUUGUCGACUCCUCCAUGCCCCUCCAUUCAUUCUCCCGUGUCGCUUAUCCCGUUCCCGCCAAUCCUUCGGUCCAGUUUGUCUACUUGUUCUGCAACCUCCUCACCAAGACCCUCCUUCUUGAGAAAGAGAAGGGCAAGCUCAAAGAAGCAGCACCUCUCCAAAUUCAAGAAAGUAAGGCUGCGAAGAUCGAUUUGCCAAACCUCGACAUACCUGUCUUCCCUUAUGCCGCUUUACCUCCCUUGUCUCAAGAUAUGGAAGAAGCUAAGAAGCUUUUGGACAAACUUGUUGUUUUGAAGUUUGAUGCUGCCUCACCAAGAGAUAUGGGUUCGGAAGGCCCCAAAUAAGAGUCUUCUUUUGCUGUUCGUAUAAUGCUCACUUUAUUUAGGCAAUCAAGAAUUGAAUAGACCUUCUUUUUAGGAGGGCUUCGUUAUCCUUUCUCUGUUUCUCCCCCAACAUGUUUGAUGUGUAUAUUUCCUCCGCCUGUUGCUGCUGCUUUUAAUUCCACAUUUCACGCUUUACACCGAUGAUGUUUUUCUUCCCUGUGUAGAUCUACAGUUGGUAUUUGCAAUGGACUUACAUUUUUGGAUUUAAUAAUUAACCAGAUUCAAACCCUAUACUCCAAGUAUGGAUGCAAGGUUCCAUUGCUUCUUUUGAGCAAAGAUGACACCCAUGUCAAAACCCUAAAGGUGUUGGAAAAGUAUCAGGGAUCAACUAUUGAUGUACAGAGGAUUAAGCAGGGUGAAGGUGAUGGUGAAGGUCUAGAAUUGGAAUCAUUAGCUGGACAUUACAGCAAGGAGGAAGUGUAUGUCAUCCUUACAAUACCCAUGUCUGAAAUUGGAUUCUAUAUGUUCACAUGCAUGCCUGUAGACUAAGAGAUUUAAACUUUCAGCAGAAAUUGUUUUUAGAGAUUCUAAUAAUAUUCAGAUUAACAUUACCAUUACCAUUUCAGUAGUACUUUCUUUUAUAACAUAACUUAAAUUUAUACGAA